CAAGUUGUGUUAAUGCAUUAAAGAAUUUAGUGGCGUUAAAACAAAUUUGCAUUAACAUGUUAUUAUCACGUUAACUUUGACAGCCUUAAUACAUGUAUAAUGUGUUAUUUUUCUCUGUCCUAGAGAUUGUACAGUGCCUCUAGAAACCACACGCCAACUACUGUGACCGGUCUUGAAUUGACUCCUGCCAUAACUCCAUGACCUCAUAGACUGUGGCUCACACAGUGGUCAGAAACUCCAACAUUUGACCUUACCCGCUGUCCUCACCUACAGCCCAACCUGUACUUUUGACUCUCCCUCUUCUCAUUUCGCUCCUCUAAAUUUGCAUGGCAGGUCAUUGGAGUGAUUGAAACAGUAGUGCGGGUGGAGGUUCAUUUGCCUGAACUGCAUGGAAAGAUGAGAAGCCGAGCAGGUAAACCCUCACUCCUCGCUGUCCCCGGCUGCAGAGGUCAAGACGCUGAGCUUGUUCUGUACCAGGGAGCCCCGAGAUGGGACUAAAGGAGAUGUUCAACUUGGCGCAGGUGUCCUCCAUCCUCGUGCUCGGGGUGGUCUACGUGACCUACGUGCUGAUCGGCGGGGUGGUUUUCUGGAAGCUGGAGGGAGAUCUCGGACAGAAGGACAUCGGUCGUUUGCUGUCGAACAAAGAGAUGCUGCUCACGACGUACACCUGUCUGAACCAAGAAGGCCUGGAGGCGGUGGCUCAGGUUGUUCAAGAGGCAUCCAAGGCAGGACUGAGUUUGAAAGGCAACUACACCACGGACGGCUUCUGGAAAUUCACCAGCUCAGCUGUGUUUGCUGCCACUGUGGUCACAACUAUAGGUUAUGGGAACAUGAGUCCCCUUUCCACUGCUGGCCAGAUCUUCUGCGUGUUCUUCGCCCUGAUCGGUAUCCCGCUCAACAUGGUGGUGCUCAACAGGGUGGGCAAGUACAUGCUCGCUAUCGACAGGAACAUCUCCGACUUCCUCGAGGGGAAGACCGGGCGAAGGAAGUGUACCCGCUUCUUUGUCCACCUGGUGUCUUACCUGUGUGGAGCAGCGCUCUUCUUCGUUGUGCCCAUGAUUCUGUUCCAGCUGCAUGAGGGCUGGACCUUCUCCCAGGCCAUCUACUACUGCUUCAUCACCCUCAGCACCAUCGGCUUCGGAGACUUUGUGGCAGACAGUAAUCCAGACAAAGAAUACCCAGAGUGGUACAGCAUCCUCAUGGCCUGUUGGAUCUUCUUCGGCCUGGCCUGGCUGGCCCUCGUCAUCAACCACUCCAUCGACAUCCUGGAGCGGCUCAACAGCCAUUUCAAACAGCGGUGGAGUGGAAAGAAGCAGGAGGAAGCGUCCGGCAGCGCAGAGAUCGACAACCCAGACACACAGGUGGAGGAGGAAGAUGACAUCAAGAAGCCUCCAAUGACUCAUUAAAACUGCAAAACAAGGUGAAGAUCUCAGUGAGCUGACCUAGUGAUAGAAUUAUUUGUCUGUAGAUCAGGACAUGGGGAACAAUACAUCAUGGAAUGUGGCUAAGCCAUGGCAGGAUGUGUGUGUGUGUGUGUUAUGAGACUGUAAAUGUUGAGAGUCUGUGAUGAUUUAAUAUGUGACGAGCAGUUUGUCAGUUUUGAUCCUUUCUCCUCAACCACCCUUAAAAUAUUGACUCAUUUUUGUUGAGUCAGGUUUGUUUGUUUUUGACGGCAUGCGACAUCGACGUGCUGUUCAGUCUGUUAGCAUGUCACCGUAAACAUGGGACUGUUGUUAAUCUACUUGGUUAAAAAAAAGAGAUUAAAGUCUAGGGAAGGAUACUGGGUCAACACUUACUUUGCCCCGUGUAUCUGUGUAUGAGUUAGUGGUCAGUAGAACACUGCAGUCAGUCUGUCUGUUGCUCUUUGGCCUCUCGGUGUGUUGCUCACCCCACUGACCACAAACCAAGUCAUUUGCCAACUUAGUGGCAUUCUGCUGUUGACUGUCUGAGCAACCAGCUCAGUUUGUGAAAUAGUCACAAAAUGUAAUGUAUUGAUUUGUGUACACAGGUUUUCACUUUUUGUUGUUGUUGUGAUGGGCAGCACAAAAUCAAUUUGUAUGUACAAUAUUAAAAUGCUAACAACUAAUAUCUAAAUAUACCAAAUACUAUUAUACUGAUAUAUUAAUAUUAGAGAAAUCCUAUAAUAUUCUUGUUUUUAUUUGAAAUGUGUUACUUGCUUAUUCAUGUCCUAUGUAGAGCCUUUAGGAAAGCUCAUCUAUGCUGGAAUUAGCUUUUGUAUCCACUAGGUGGUGUUACUAUACUGACACUGGACUUAACAUUCAAACCAGAUGCAAAGCAGCAAAUAUUCACUGUAUACUGAAUAAUGUUGUCAUCAUAUAAACAGAUCACAUCCUCACAGUCAAUAUAUUCCUACAUAUUCCUAUUCAAAAGAAUAUAUUAUAAACCCAAACUACACUAUCCACAAAGACAUUUCCAAUAAAAUGUAAUUUCUUGUCCU